CUCUCAUUUCCACAAAGCCUCAACCAAAAUGGCCCCUUCCAACCUUCCCCUAGCCAUCGUUGUUUCAUUCAUGGCCUUCACCAUGGCUCAUGACCACCACCUCUCCCAGGCUCAAAACUCCCCACAAGACUUCCUCGCCGCCCACAAUGCCGCCCGUGCCCAACUCCGGAUCAACCCCGUCGGGUGGAACCAAACCGUGGCCGCCUACGCCCAAAACUAUGCCAACGUGAGGAGCGCCGACUGCAACCUGGAGCACUCGCACGGGCCGUCAUACGGUGAGAACAUCGCCGAGGGGUCCGGCGAGUUCACCGCGGUGGACGCGGUGAGGCUCUGGGUGGACGAGAAGCAAUACUAUGACUACGGUUCGAACACGUGCGUUGGUGGCGGAGAGUGCCUGCAUUACACCCAGGUCGUGUGGCGGGACACGGCGGAGAUCGGCUGCGCUAGGGUUCAGUGCCAGAAUGAGUGGUGGUUUGUCACUUGUAACUAUUUUCCACCGGGGAAUUAUGUGGGUCAACGUCCUUAUUAAUUAAUUAAUUAAUUAAGGUGGAUAAUUGUGGCGUAGAAUCAAUUGAUGGGGAGGAACUCUUGUCCUUAAUUUCAUGAUCAUGUAAUCCCAUGAGUUUGCUAUCUUUCAUGCAUGGAAGGAAAAUAAAGCUGAGUUUGGCAU